AUGAACAAAAACUCAACUCAAGGAAAAAAAGGCCAAGGCCUCCUCAUUAUAAACGCCGGCCUCUUCCGCAGCGGCAGCAAGUCAAUGGCCCGUGCCUACCAGAUCCUAGGCUUCAAAACCCACCACGGAUUAUUGGAAAAAGUAACAGAAACCCCUUGGGUCCAACUGGAAGCUGCCGCCGAAGCAACAUGGCCCAGCACAGCAAAUCCCAGCAGACAACCCUUUACACGCACAGACUGGGACGCGCUAUGGGGAACCAAAUACGACGCCGCCACAGAUCUAGCGUCACCUUUCGCAUUACAGCUGAUAGAAGCAUACCCAGAAGCAAAGGUCGUGAUCAUCCAACGCGACUUCGAGGCCUGGUGGCCCAGUUUCAAAACCGAGGUGCUUGACCGUGUAAUGCUGCAGCCAGCAGCCGCUAUCAACGGGUUCCUGGGGCUGUAUCUCAUGGGAAUGCCAGCCGUGCAGGCGAUGCGGAAGAUUCAUUUUGGAUUUUUCGGUGCCAGGUGUCGAGAUGAUAUCCUUGUUAAUGCGAAAGAGAGGUAUUCGAAGUAUUAUGAUGAUCUCCGAGUUAAAGUGCCUGUCAAGCAGAGACUUGAGUUUUGUCUUGAGGAUGGGUGGGAGCCCCUUUGCGAGUUUUUGGGUGUGGAUGUUCCUGAUGAACCCUUUCCGAGGGAGAAUGAGGCUGGCGCGCAUAAUGAGGAGGCGAAGGCUCGGACAAGGUUGAUUUGGUCCUCUGGUUUUAAGAUUUUGGGGCCGGUUGUAUUGGGUUUGGUAGCUGGUGGGGCUGCUUUUGCGUUGAACCGACGCCGUUAG